ACGGUCUGUCGCGAGGGGCACGGAAGGACGACGGGGUCGGAGGGACUUGCUUUACGGCACAGCGGGAUGAGGGCGGCUAUGAGAGGCUGGAGGAUUUGGGCAGCUUUUGCGACAGUGAAGGGAAGAAACGCCCGCCGCAGGCGUAUUUGCGACGAAGGCGCUCAGAUCCUUUGCGACAGCGCUCGGCGAAUGUCGGGAAAAAGAGACGCAGUGAAGUACUCGCUCUAACACAAGGAGCGACGGAUUCCCUUCACACUACACGCUUUAAGGCGAUACAAACGUUAUCUUCGGGACAGAGGAAAGGCAGCUUUACAAACCCAAGUCUCAGUCCUCCGUAAUACGGGGACCGGAAAUGUCGCAAUCCACCCACGCACCCCACCUCUCCGGUCCCUGCCGUCCGCCGCCUCUCGUCGCCCCGCCCCACACACUUGGCGUCGCACCUCCUGAGGCUCAGCGAGCUGACUGUGGGGGGAGCCCGCGGACAGUAGAAGGCCAACCUGAGCUCCGAUUCGAUGAGACCCUUGGAUUUUAAACUUACUAAUAAAGAACCUAGAGAUACCACGACAAGUAACGUCGAGCAACGGAGCCGAGAACUCCAAGAGACUACCUGAGAGCUACUCACAGAACCCCAACCCCACUCAGAGGACCUCGCAGAGGGCUAUGAUGUCACAAGGCUUCUGGUCCCUGGCCAGGCCCCUUGACUGUGAUUGGUUGGUUCGCAGAAGGAAGGGCGGGAACAAAUUACAGAGACAAAGAAAGUCUUUGGGUGUGACAAUUAGAGAAGGGCGUGCGCAGCUUGCGGCUCCCAGGCUGACGUCUCUUUAUAGUCUUGUUUUCACCUGCCCCGGCGCCAGGGAGCGCAGGCGGAGGAGGGCCAGGCUGACCCUGAGCCCCCAGCGCCCCCCGCCCACCGCGGUGGGGGCAGGGCCGAGGGGCGGGGCUAUGUAGAGCUGGGAGGUUGCUGGGCAGAGUAAUUCAAGUCACUGCCCGGCUUGAGCCAUGGAGAAGCCGGAGUCUCUCGCAUCUGUUAGCGGCCUCAAGGCGGAAUCCCCUCGUGGGGUUCCUAGGCCAGUACCAGGAGGUGUCAGAGGUAUACAGACAGACACCGCACUGCCCUCCGGAGUAGCCUUGUUUCGCGGUUCUGGCCCCCCUUUGCAUUCCGGGGGCACUGUAAUUCGCAGUCCUGGUCCAGUCCGGCCCUCUGAAGGGGUAGUGACCCCCAGUUCCGGACCCAGUCCGCAACUCGGAGAGGCUGCAGGCUCUAGCCUCGGGUCCAGCAAAUCUCCUGGCACUGGAACUGGUGUAAUGAGGGCGCCCACCCCUGGGCCUGGGGAGCCUAAAGGGUACAGCUCGGAUAGCAGUCCACUCUCCGGUUCAACUUUCUUGCACUCUCAAAACUCUGAGGAGCGGCCCCGGAGCAUCCUAAAAAACAGCAGUUCCAUCUUGAUGAAGAAAACUUCCAGUGGGGAGAAGAAGUCUCAGCGCUGGGAUGAGAUGAACAUCUUGGCUACUUACCAUCCUGCUGACAAAGACUAUGGCUUCAUGAAGGCGGAUGAGCCCAGCACCCCCUACCACAGGCCGCAGGACGAGGAGGACCUGUCUGCUGGGUCUUCUCUCAAGGUGACCCCUGAAUCACUUGCAGAGAGGUUUGCCACAAUGGACAAUUUCCUUCCCAAGGUCCUCCAGUAUGGAGACAACAAAAGCUCAAGGACUGCAGACAACUUUGCCAAGACAUACUCCAGUGAUUUUGACAAGCAACGAAAGAUACACUACAGUGAAGGGAAGUUCCUGAAGAGCCAGAAAAACCCGCUCUUGGCUAAUGAGGACGAUAGCAAUGGAGCUAGUGCCAGCAUCAGCGGUAGUAAUCAAAGUGUGAUGAUGGACCAGAAGCCCAGGCCUUUGGACAAAGCCUGGGCAGGAAGACUGGCCACAGGAGGCAAAAAUGAGGCUGUCCUGGUGACUGACAGCCAUGUCCUAGACACCAAUGAUUCUGCUACUUACAGAAACCAGUUCCCUUCAGCUUCAGACUCUACCACGAGGGAGCAUCUUAAUCUACAUCGCAAGGAGUAUUACAGUAAAGGAAGAUACCUGAGGUCCUGUUCCCACACGGAGAUUGGAGAAGAUAUAGAAGAUGAAGAACAGGACAGUGAGAGCUGGGAACGACAGCCUGGGGGUGGAAGGACAGACAGAACAAGCAGCUUGUUAGGUGCCCCAGCCCUCAUCUCAUGUUACUUCCAGGUUCUUCAGGUCUGACCUGGUUACUGAGAUUCUUAAGGGCACUUCAGGUGCUAUCGGAAGCCCUUUUGGGUAUGACAAAACUAGGGCUCUCUGGACAUAACCAUGACACUAUUGCAACUUAGUGAGGGCACACUAUCUCCCUAAGCCUAGCUCUUAGCAAGCUCCCAGCCUGCCAAUCCUAUUAGACCAGUGCAUCAGCAGCAACAGGCAGUAAGAGAGUCCCUAGCCAUCCUGUAGUCUAAUGCCUACAUUAUGGAGAACAGACACCAGGGAUGUUCAGAGGGACUGAGAAUCCCUCCAGCCUAGCAUCAGCCACUAAGGCCUCCCCCAUGACUCCUCUCUGCCACCCCACCCCUCUCUCGUUAGUACCCUGUUCUCCAGAGGCAAUGAGUCUCAGGUUGUGUCCAACUGUUGGGCUAAGGGGCUGAGAUGUCGAAGCCCAGGGAGCUCAGAAAAGGAACAUGGAAGUAACCAGAACCCUCCAAGCUGGAAUGGGUGCAGAUGUGAGCCUGGGCAGAGGCAAGGGGUACUUGCACUGACCAAGGAGGCACUGGGGUUGAGUGGGUAGGUUUUGUUUUUUUUUUCCCCCCGAGACAGGGUUUCUCUUUGGAGGCUGUCCUGGGACUCUCUGGAGACCAGGCUAGUCUCAAACUCACAGAGAUCCACCUGCCUCUGUCUCCCGAGUGCUGGGAUUAAAGGUGUGUGCCACCACUGACCGGCAAGUGAGUAGGUUCUAGAGAUUGGAGGGUCACAUGGACAAGAGCUUACCCCUGCUGCAAGAAAGCCCAACUUCCUCUUUCUCUAGAUGAACCCUUUCGGCUCCAGUGGACUGGGGAGAAAGAACCUAGGCCAUGGAAAAUGUAGCCAGCUGAGGAUGGGGUGAGGGCAGCCUUCCCUGCCCUUACCACUCUAAUAGUGGACAAUAAAGAGAACAUCAGGAAUCUUCGUGCCUGGGAAUUGAA